UCAGCUGAGCUUUUGUGUUGAAGAAGUCGGAAGUGAGAAGAGGACGCUUGUGGUGUAGAGAGCUGUAUAAAACUGAAGUGUCAUGCUGUAACCGUGACAUGACAGCAGCAGUGUGGAGUCCUUCUCACAACUGAAAUUCACAAUCAACCGUGCUGAUUAAUCCAGAGCGCUGUGGCUGUGUUUUAGACUGUCAUGAGCUCAGCUGGGGCAUGGCGUCCCUCCCGAGUUACUGUCAGACGGCGGGAGCAGCGGAGGAGGAGCCCGGAGAGCCGGACCGGUCCCUGCAGCACAUACUCAAGGCCAUCGCAGAAGAGCGGAACCGACUGAAUAUUCGGCAGGAGAUCAGCGGGAUCGGGUGCUUUAAAGAUGACCGGAUUGUGUUCUGGACAUGGAUGUUCUCCACAUACUUCAUGGAGAAGUGGUCACCACGUCAGGACGACAUGCUGUUCUAUGUGCGACGUAAGCUCUCUUACGUCAGCGCUGACAACACAGAAGGGAAGAAGGUGGAGGUCGAGGUGUACAGAAGGGACUCGAAAAAGCUGCCUGGACUGGGGGACCCCGAUAUAGACUGGGAGGAGAGUGUAUACCUGAACCUCAUCCUGCAAAAGCUGGACUACAUCGUCACGUGUGCUGUGUGUACACGCACAGAUGCAGGAGACAUCCACAUCCACAAAAAGAAGACGCAGCAAGUGUUCGCUUCCCCCAGCAAGCACCCGAUGGACAGCAAGGGUGAGGAGUCCAAGAUCAGCUACCCGAACAUCUUCUUCAUGAUCGACAACUUUGAGGAGGUGUUCAGUGAUAUGACUGUUGGAGAAGGAGAGAUGGUAUGUGUGGAGCUGGUGGCCAGCGACAAGAGCACCACCUUUCAGGGAGUUAUCUUCCAGGGCUCCAUCCGCUACGAGGCCCUUAAAAAGGUUUACGACAACCGGGUGAGUGUGGCUGCUAAAAUGGCCCAGCGUAUGUCCUUCGGCUUCUACAAAUACAACAACAUGGAGUUUGUGCGGAUGAAGGGCCCUCAGGGGAAAGGACACGCUGAGAUGGCUGUGAGUCGAGUGCCGACUGGAGACACGUCCCCCUGCGGCACCGAGGAGGACCAGGACUCGCCUCUGCAUGAGAGGGUGACGUCGUUCAGCACUCCCCCGACCCCCGAGAGAAACAGACCCUCCUUUUUCUCUCCCUCUCUGCGCCGCAAAGUGCCCCGAAACCGCAUAGCCGAGAUGAAGAAAUCCCACUCCGCCAACGACAGCGAGGAGUUUUUCAGGGACGAGGAUGAUGAAGACCUGUGUAACACCACAAACCUUCGCUCACGCUCUCUUUCGGGAACCGGACGCUCUCUCGUGGGCUCCUGGCUGAAGCUGAACAGGACGGAGGACUACUUCCUGCUCUACUCACAUCUCACCUACAUCACUCUUCCUUUACACCGGAUCACUACAGAUAUUCUGGAGGUGAGACAAAAGCCCAUUCUGAUGAUCUAGUGGCUCUUGACUUCAUUAGGACUUGUGACUAAGUGCCUCUCCACAUCAGGCCCCUCAGACAACAGCGCCAUCUAGCAUCCAUACAGAGAACCAAAAAAAAAAAGAAAAAAAGAAGCCACCGCUGACAAAAGGAGAGGAGAAGAAAUGCAAGAACUAAGGACUUAUUAAAAACCAGCCAAUCAAGAAGUGCCUCUUCUACCUGUUUUCUGUGACGGUCUGGAUGUGGACAUGAGCGCAACAGCCUGAGUGACUGAACACCGUCUGAAAUGCCUCGUUCCAUCUGAUCAGCUCAGGCUCGGAAGGCAGGACUGGCUAACGUCCCACCUGCGAGCGAAAGGGAAACGUAUCAAAGAAAAAACAUGCAAAAGAAUGUCUCUGUUCCUUGUAAAUACACUGCUGCUUAGAAUACUCAGUGAAUCUCUCACCCACGGCCCUCUCAGCCCUGUGUAAACAGACUGCUGGGUCUUUCAAUGUUGUUGAUUUUGUGUGUAGUGCUUUUUUUUCCAAAGGCAACACCCCCCAUCCCCUCACCUCGCCUCAUCCCUAGGCCUUAACACCUCCUAACCAGCGACUGGGACAUCUCGACUCUGCCUGCUCCCAACACAGAGUCCAGAAUUGGAAAUGCUGGAUGUGUCUUAAGUUCAACCUUCUGGUUCACGCAGGAAAAAAAAAAAGGGGAAAAAAUGCCGCACAAGUAGAUUUCUUUUCUUUUGUUGGAAAAAAAAAAACCCAGACAUGAUACAUUUGUUCAUUUGUAAGUUAGGAAAUCUUUGUAAUCAUUGUGAUAUUUAUUACGGAGUGUUGCCAGUGUGAGACGUUCACGUGCAACAGAAUGAUGCUGAAGAUGAAGAGGACAACAGUCCAUUUGUUGUGUUAUUCAGAAAAGGCGGUUGAGCUGUUUGUACGUUUAAAACUACUACGUUUCAGAAACACACCUGUCAUACAGAAGCCCUGAAACGCAAGUUGUGUGGGGGAUGAGUUAAAGUGCUCUGUCGUUAUUUUGAUUUCAUAACUUGUUAUAUUGGCGGCACGGUGGUAUAGUGGUUAGCGCUGUCGCCUCACAGCAAGAAGGUCCGGGUUCGAGCCCCGUGGCCGGCGAGGGCCUUUCUGUGUGGAGUUUGCAUGUUCUCCCCGUGUCCGCGUGGGUUUCCUCCGGGUGCU